AUGGGCCUAUUUUCUUCUAAUAAGGACGAAAAGAAAGACCAAGAAGCAAGACCUUCCGCCCCUAUUCCUUCUGACCAAGGAUCUCAAGGUCUCCCAAGUGAUGCGCCUCCAUCCUACGACCAGCUGCAACAGAUUCACACAGGGCAGGGACAAACUCCACAAUACUCUAGCAAUCAAUACGGUCCUAAUGAAUAUCCUCCAGAGAAGGGCUCUAGCACGCAGUUUUAUCCUGACGAGAAGAAUCAGGCAACACAGCAACAGCCGCAUGGCCAGGGCCAUUACUUUCAAGCACCUCCACCGCCACAAAAUCAAGGGGGUAGAUGGGAAGCUCCCGGAUGGGGAGGUGAACCACAGGCUCCUCAGGCCUUUCAGCAAGGAUCAUCCUCAAUGCCGCCAAAUGCCUACGUGAUCAAGCCUAGGACUGCAAACAUUGCUACAGAUGAUGGAAAGUACACUAGACCAGAGUAUCAACAGUACAAGAACAGAGACCAGCAGCGAAUUGCACAAGGCGAUUAUCCCAUGCCUAGAGAAGCUUUCAAGCAUGGUGCUCCUUUGGAGCCCGGUCAUAAAGCGCAAGGGAAGUCCUCGGGAGGAUUUCCAGGGAGCUCCGGAGCUUCUUACUAUAACGCAGCCAACCGCUAG